AUGUAUAUUAACGGUUUAAAAUAUGCUUGCUCAACUUGCAUCAAGGGCCAUCGCUCCUCUCAUUGUAGUCAUGUUGACCGUCCCUUAUUCGAGAUUCGCAAGAAGGGUCGUCCUGUCACUCAAUAUAAAAAAGGAAUCGAUGCUACCAACAAUAACCCAUUAUUGAUUUAUCGCAAUAGCUCAUCGUCCUCUCCUAAAUCACUGAAUACUACUACUACAUCUUCCCCUGUGGCUAAUGAUAUCAUGACUAUGGAUAUAUGCCAAGACAAAAAGCCAAAUGUCGCCGCCGCUAAUUCUGAUCAAUGUACAUGUCCCUCGACAAAUGCUGCUAUGGCUGUUGCUGCUACAUCUACUACAUCUGCUGCUCCUCCACCUUCCAAUGCCGCUACUAGUGCAACAUUUAGCAACAAUGCCCCCAUGAUCAAGUCAUCAUCAACAUCAUCAUCGUCAAAUUUAGGGUUCAAUCAAUAUCAACAACAGCCCUCCAAUUCACAAGAAGGGACGCAUUCUUUGUCAGCGCCACUCUGUCCUACGGCUCCUCUGGUCAAGGAUGAAGAAAACCUGUCCUACUCUUGGGCGCUGAUCACCUCCCCACUACCCAAUCAAAUGGACAUGUCUGCUGCCUCCUCUGGUUUGACAAAUGCUGCUUCCCUCAUCUCCCAUGCUACUACUACUACGGCUGCAAUGGAAUCAAAUCAGCUAUUCAGCGAUAUGAUGAUGGAUACCGGAGAUGAUCAAGAUACCAACAAUAACACUAAUAACAUGCAUCUCGGUUUUAUCUUUCAUAAGCCUACAUCUCAAAGAUUUCUGGAUGGUCAACCAAGAGUGAGGAGACGCCGCUCCAACAAGCAACAGCAGAAGCCUGCUAGUACAUCAGCAACCCCCACUUCAGCCAAUCGUCUGCCUGUCAAUGCUUUGAUUGAUUCUUCCAAUCUCACCAUCAACACAAUCACAGACUACAGCCUGUCAACGCCUCCUUCGUCUACAGUGUCUCCUCACCCACCUUCCUCCUCUUCAAAUUCGUCGUUGGCUGCUGCUUGCGAGCCAAUGGAUACACAUUUUGACUACCUUACUGAACAGCUUGAGAUUCUGUCCAACAGUAGCAACAGCGCCAACAACAACCAUGGCCAAUUCAUGGGCGAUCUGGCUAAUGCCGAAGAAUUGACAGCUAUUCUAAACAAUGUGUUGAAAGAAGAUGAAUUGGAAUCAGUGUCUACGACCAGCCAUCGUUCAAGCGUAUCAACGACUGCCACAGCUCCUGCUAUCAGCUCUCAAGCCAACCCUCAUGCUAUGCCUACCACGAUGCGCUCUCAAUGUGGAAGUUUUGCGCCUCGCUCAACCUGUUGCAAGCCCUCCAGUGCCAGCAGUGGUGAAUCAGUUGUGAUUACAAUUACGCCCUUGUCCACUAACAAUAACACUGCAGAUAAACAACAACAAGCAGACUAUCCUACAACCACACGUAUUGUCACUUGUUAUUGUGGGAGCCAAUGUACUUGUCCUGGCUGCCUGGUGCAUCCUGGUAACUUCUUCUUGGGCAGUGAUCCUUAUGCCGGCCCUUUGAUCCCUUCAUCAAACUCAUCAUCAUGUUAUGGCUCAGAUGAAGAAGACUUGUCAGCCACCAUUACUGCUUCUACAUUUAAUAACAACAAUAGUAACUAUAAUAUGCCAUUUUCCUGA